AUGCCUCCUCACAGCUCCCAACCUUCUCCUCACAGCUCCCAACCUUCUGAGGCGCCAACUCUUUCUCAAGAAACACCAUUGGAGAGCAAGGAGAGAAAGACAUGGACACCUGCUGAUGAUGAAGUCUUGAUCUCCGCAUGGCUCAACACUUCAAAGGAUGCCAUUGUUGCAAAUCAACAAAAGAGAGGUAGCUUCUGGCAAAGGAUUAGAAAAUACUAUGCUGACACUCCUCAUGCUAGAAAUGGCGGUGAACAGAUGCUGGUGACACAUUGCAAGCAGCGUUGGCACAUGAUAAAUGACCAAACUAACAAGUUCUGUGCGGCAUUUGCAGCUGCAGAGAUACUGAACAACUCUGGUCAUUCUGAAAAUGAUAUCUUAAAGAAUGCACAUGAUAUCUACUUGCUGACCAUAAGAAGAGAUUUAACCUUGAACAUUGCUGGUCCUGCAACAAAGAGGAAACCAGCUGCAGAAGGUUCACAAUCAUCAAGCUGCAAUGUUGAGGAGUAUGAGAAAAGACCAGAAGGGAUCAAGGCUGUGAAGGUGAAGAGGAACAAUGCUCAGUCCACAUACGUGAAGACUCUUGCUGAGUAUAAGAGCAUGUGGCAUGUCAAGAAAGAGGAAUUGGCUGAAAAGGAGAAAAUACAGAAGCUGGCCAUCCUAGACACUCUCUUAGCCAAAAAAGAACCCUUGAAUGCGAGUGAAGAAGUUAUCAUGAACAAGAUAGUGUCCCAGUAUUUCUGA